AUGAAGACCUUCUCCUCGGCUGUCCUCUUCCUCGCCGGCCUGGCCGCCGCCAGCCCCGUGCAGCAGCAAACCCGGCAGUCCGUCGGACCCUACCAGAUCGCAGAGUUCUCCGCGAGCAAGCGGCACAACAGCGGGUACUGCGACUUCGCCUUCGACGUCUCGGCACCGGGCCUGGAGGGCGCCGCGCACUGCACGGCCUCCCUGGACGCCGGCUUCUCGGGCGCGACGUGGCUGGCCAACGUGUACGAGGGCGCGGGCAAGUGCGACGACAGCGCCGUCACCUGGACCUUCUUCCAGUCCCACGCCGAGGGCAGCGGCGCCUCCCUCAACGUGACCGUCAACGGCGUCAAGGGCCUGCGCGACAUCCCGCCCGAGGACAUCUCGGUCCGCCUCAACGACGAGGCGAACCCGUUCGACAACGACGUCGCCUACGCGGGGCCGAAGGCGUUUGAGAUUACCGAGUUUGAGGAGACCGAGUGA